UACAGAUAUGCGUAUGUGUUUGUGUAUACAUACUAAUGUGUAUGUAUGCAUAGAUAACAUCCUUCUGAAUUCGAUGAUUCAAUACAAUUUUGUUUCGACUUACACUUUUAAACUUGGAUCGUUUCGGAGGAGAUCAAGUUUUAACAUGUGAUCAGCUCAAAGGGAUCAACGGGCUCAAAAUACUAGCAUCACGAGAGCAACCAAUCGUAAGACGCAGCACUGUGAAAAGACAUUUCUAUCUUUUAAGAAGACAAUUCCAAAAUUCUAGUAACCAACAUUGAUAAAUAGAUUAAGGAGACGAAUCCUGGGAAAUCACUGACAAUGGACACCUGUUAUGAAAAUGAGAUAAUCUCACCCAAAUCAAAACAGACAGCUUUAAUUCAACUAAUAGAGUACAUGAGUAACAAACUAUCAAAGUACAACAUUGAAAACGAAGCUUUCGAAGAGGAACUGACUAGCGUUGAAAAAGAAUUGAGUAUAAAGAAGGAAAUCAUUAGUAAACACCGUGAAAAUAUGGUUCAAGUUGAUAAUCACAUCAAUAGUUUAACUCGUAGACUGACAGAGAUGUCUGUUGAAAUAGCUCCAUAUCGAGUAAAGUACAGUAACUGCGUGCGCUCUAUAGAACCUCUUGAAGAUUCCGUACAGAGAAAAUCAAAAGCAGUUGAGCAGUUAGAAGAAAAAUUGAACGAGGAACGUAAACGUGUCAAGAAAUUGACGGAACAGAUUGCAAGCAUGCAGGGCAAUCUUUUAAAAUGUGUGAGGACACAGCAGGAAGCCAGUUGUGACACCUAUAACGGAACUACUAUGUCCAAUGAAGGAAGAUCGAGCUUAUACAAAGAAAAAUCCAAAGCGAAUACUAAGAAGAUCUCAAUCAAAGAAUAACCAAACUUCUAACGCUGGAGAUGUACUACGGUGUCAGCUGUUCAC